ACAGACAGACUAGUUACUGGGUACAUAGCGGACAGGCAGCAGCAGGGGGAGGAUGAGGAUGCCGGAAUAACAGCGACAAAACGACACAACAUCGACUCUGGUGUUUCCUCACCGAACACUGGAUGCGGCAGACCAUGAUGUGAGUACGAAAAGCGGGUUAAACCGAGAGGAUAAAUCGAUAUUUCGGUCGUUUUUGGUCAGUAUUUAGCGGCUAACGUCGACGCUGAGUUGGCCGUUUGCUGGACCGUUGAGCUCGCGCUGAGGAGGCAGCUUUACUGCAUUACUCGGUCUGAGCUAAAUUCGCAUUUUUCGCUCUUUAUCUCUUAAUUAGACUCAAAAUAUCGUUAUGUACUUUACAGCUAGAGCUUAAAAUACAUGUAACAUAGCGGAUUUAAAGCACUGUGUGUAACUCGUCUAUUUGUACACAAUAUACAGUGACACUAUUCUGGAAGGGUCCCGUGAUAUAGACGGUCGCCCAGGAUUUAGCCGUGUCCCACGCCCAUGUUUCGUGAUGUUUAGCAUUUUUUUAAGCCCAACUUGAAGCCGCCUCCUCCCCAUAGCUAUCUGUAAACACGACUCACAUAUAUGCAAAAUAUACAAUAAUGUUAGGACAUCUUUGACUGCAUACCCCAGGUAUCUGUGGCUACAUUUUAGAGAGCUGUGUGUCUGGUAAAGCAGCAAACCAGAAAGUAGACACAGCCCAUGUUGUGCUCCGUUAUGUCGGAUAAUGGCUUUGUUCCCGGGGAUUUUUUAACAAACUAAUGUGAAAAUUAUAACUUUAAAGCACAAUGCGAGGGUAAGAGGUGUUUUCGUAUCAGUAUUUGUACAUUAUGUAACCGUUUAAGCCGUAUAAGUGAGUAAUAGGUGCAUGGAUAUGAUGAAAGCCUCUGACUUAUUGUGUGUGUUGUUUUUCAGUCUGAGCUCACCGUGUAGGAACAUGAAUAAAAUUUACUAGUAAGCUGAAAACAGUCAUCUACCAGAGUCAUGUAAAUAAUUGCCUAACACUUGGAGAUUUUGCCUCGAAAAAAAGCCAUUUUCCCAAAAUGUAAGACUUGCAAGGAAAUGUGCAACAUUGGUGACUGUUGCCGUGUAUCUGCAGGAUCUGAAGUAACGUUGAGCGUUGAGCAACAUUUUUGAUUACAAAAUAUGAAAAGAUAAUUGAGAGUUCACCAAAAGAAACUGUAUUUAUUUGCUGGUUAUAUUAUAUCACAGUUCAAUCGGUAUAAUAUUGGUAUAAGCAGAUAAUAGUUGAACAAGUUAACAGAUUGUAUAGGCAGAGAGAGAAAAUUUUUUUCCAUAGGUGAAGCAUUAAGUAUGCAUCCACCAUGACUGCCUUAAUUACCAACAAGCUUCAACAAGUCGGCUGUGGAAGUAUUUUGGAACAGACGGCAGACAUAGAGGUUUAUCCAGGAUCAAAUGUUUGUCAUGUUUAUGUCUGUUUCCUGAAAAAAAAUAAGAGUGACAGAUAAAGUUGUUGUACAGGAGAGACUCAGUGUUGAUAUUGGGGUUGGCCAAGAAGAGUUUAAAGUGGGGGUAUUAUACAUUUUUCAGACACUAUACUAACUACACUCAUAAAAAGCCUCUUAGUUCUCACACUAAUGUAUUAAAAACAAAACUAUUCAUUAUCCAGUUAGGAGAGCCUAUUUCAGUGACGGCAACAAACCGUUUUGGGCAGUUUACAUCUGUUUUCUAGGAUCAUCAUAACAUAUGUUUAUGUCACGAUUUGAAAAUGUGCAUACAGCUAGCAUGGACACUGAUUGUAACUUUUGUCGUAAAUGCAUAACAGCUUUCGAUAAUGUUUUACUCUAUGUCUCCAUUGAUUAAAACAGGAUUUUUGAUAAUGAAGUGGGUGUUUUCAACGAUAAUCCCUGGUUGUGUUUUGAUCGUAGAAGUAGCGUUUAACUCAGCUACCUUAUCAGUUUGUUCCUGCUGCUGUAGAUCUCUGAUUAACAACUGCUCUCCACUUUCUUGUCUUUUCUCGAAGUGAGCUGUUUGAAGCCACAGACCUGAAUACCAAACUGCCUUGUACUAUCAAGAGAUAGCCAGUCUGCUGGAUGGAGACCCAGGAGGAAUGACAGAGUCUCUUCCCCCUUGGGUGCCGCACCGACAGUCAGAGAAAAUGCACUGGGCCGGUGGAUUCGUUUCCCUUCUGCUAGUGUCCCUUAUCGCCUCUCGCACCGCCGGGGCCUUAUCAGCAGACACGGAUGGAAACCGUACAGAGAACGGCACCUUGACAGACAGCGGAUUUGUCCCAGCAGCUUUCACAACAGUUAGCCAGAUAAUUGCCCGGGAGGGGAGCUGCGCGCUGAUUGAUUGCAAUGUCACCGGAGAGCCGUUCCCAAGCGUUCAGUGGUUCAACUCCCACGGAGACCGCCUGGACACAGAUAGCAAUGGUGAGAGAGAUGUUACUGUUACUUUAAACCUGGUUUCCUGUUCGCUUUGUUACCUGUGAUGCACGCCACUUGAUUAUAAUUUAAUUAGCUGCCAAUCCAGAGGGGGGUGUCAGGUUUUUGUUUACCAAAGUUACAGUUGAUAACCGGAGGAAGUUAGUUUGUACUCACAAAACUGAGUACCAUCGAAAGAAAAAACAAUAGAUCCUUUAUUUUGAAUUCAAAUACACAGGAGAGGUCUUUCUUCUAGGCAUUUUGAUCCACCUCUGUACUGUAACCGCUCACUGUAAAUAACCAGAUACAAAUAUAGACUUCCUGUUUUUGUUUUGCCGCGUAUCCCCCCCCCAGGUCCAACCACUCCUCUGCAGUCGGCUUAGUGCGGAUUAAAAUGAUUCACACACUAGUGCAAAAAUUCGGAGAGUUAGCUGGGAGGCUGUUCAGAAGAGGAGGGUUGACGGUCGAUGAAAAUAACCUUCUUAUCUGCUUUUAAGAGCCGAUGAACAAAGGUGUGAAACUGAAAUUUCAAACAGUUUCCCCUGUAGUGAUGAACCUCUAACUGUCAUUUUCUACAGGUUAUAAUAUACUCAGGAAUUGAGCUGUUUCAAAAUGCAUACAGGCAGUAUCUCAAGGAACAAAUAUGGAAGAAUGUUCAGUUUAGAUGUUUCCACAGCAGGAAAAUAACACUGUGGUGUUUCCUGACGCUUUGAAGCAUAUUAGAUAUGAGGCCAGUGUGUGAAAACAAUAGCUGCAGGUGUUUUCAUACACAUCAAAAGAGUCCGGGUUGCAGCCCAGCAGUUUAACACCGAGCAGAAAUCAUAACUACGUGUAAAAGGGACCGACGCACGAUGCUGCAAACUGUGGAGUCAGGUAGGUACAGUCCCCAGAAGUCCUUUUUAACUCCACACAGAGCUGUCGAUCAUGGCGCUGUACCCUGAGCACUUGAACAUAAACCAGCCUGAUUUAAACGUCUGCGUCAAAGAUUCGCCGUAGUAAACACCACAAAGAAGUCUUUCCCUCAUGAUCUUCGUUGAGAUCUCAUUGUGUUUAAACCCUGUGUUUCUGCUCCGAGAGAACACAGAGUGCUUGUUUUUCCGAGCCGACCUGUUGAAACCUGCCGGCACAGAGAACAGGCAGCUUUGUUUUUAUGACCCACAAACCCAGAACAAGCAUCACAGAGCUGCUCCCCCACAGGACUAAGAUCGGGGAGGGGUCCAGGCAGCAGUACACUCAGCAAGAAAAAAGAUGCAGUGCUACUAUUUUUCUAUCGCCGACUCUUCUGCGUUCUGUUUCCAGCUCGCUCGGAGUACUUGGCAGCACUUCAGUCACGUCACGUGAUCUGGUCGAGGAAGUAUAAUUAGAAAUGUUGCCCUCACAUGAAAAGGCGGAUGGGUGUGGGACGCUGUAGACGGCCGGGCUUCAUUUCCUGACCGCCCAUUCAUGUCUUCAAGAGUAAACUCUGCAGCAGGAAUGUUUUUUUUUUUUACAUGGCAGAUGUAACUACACUUUUAGAUCUUCAUGUCUAUCUGCGCUCCCACGCAGCACCAACAGCAAGCAGAUAAGGAGAAGCUGGAGUUGUGAGAGCUUGCCAAUUCAGCACAAAUCAUUAGGGAUACAAUUGACCUAAAUUAUUUGUGUGAGUUUUUGAUGCUAGUCUGGACCAGGCUUGGCUAAAUCUCCGCUUCCAGUCAAGAGUCAGUCCGUGUCCUCGCCCUCUGUUCAUUUUACGAAGAAAAUGGACAACGACAGAGCAAGUACAUAAAUGAGAAAGAAACGUGCUGCUGUGCCGACGCUCUUAUCCAACUCUUCAUCAGAAAGUAAACAAGUUUAACUCUCAAAGGGUUACACUUUCAGUCAGUUCAUCCCAUAGGUCAACGGGUCUAUCAGUCAUCACCUUGUAGAGGGCUGAUAAGAAAAGUAAAUAUUCUCAUUCAGGCAGCACAACCUCCCUGCUGAACAGUGUCCGUACAGGAAUCAGUAAAUCCGGCGCUUUCACCCUGAGACUUCAAUUUGUUUCCAAUUUUAUUAUUCAAAGCAGUUACGUAAGCGCCCAGCUGUGUUAUUGGGUGACUCGGUUCAACUGUAGUGCUGUGAUUGUUUUGGUAAUCUAAGUCACGUGAUCUGUUCAUAUGAUGAUUCAUUAUGACUCGACUCAACUCAAAUGAGAGUGGUGAGACAGACAACGAUAUUUACAAGCAGAGGAAUGUGCAGUGGAAAACAAAAAGGCCCGAGAAUGCUCCCCUGAGGAACGCCAUAUUUAAGAUCAUGUGUCAGUCUGUUUGUAAGACUUUACUGCCUCUUCAGACCCCAGAGGACUAUUUGAAUCUAUAAAAGAAAGUAAAUCCUAAACCCUGUGGGUGCCUGAGCUCAUGAGCAAACACAUCAACCCAGGCUUUGACUCACACUUUUUAUGGUCUAAUUGCGAGAAUUCCCCAGCCGCUGCCAAGCGAGUGAGAAAAUACAGAUUAGCACCAAUUAGCAUCUUAAGCCUGUUGUGUUGUGGAAUGACUAAACAGCAGGGACACGAUGUAACAGUGUUUUACUGUAUUCAAGCUAUUUUAAAGGGAUAUUCUGGCGUAAAAUUACUUAAGGGUCAAACACACUGUAACACCGAGUUAAACACCCCCCCCAGAGAUGAAUUUUGCUUCUCUAGUUAUAUCAACUUUAGUAAAGACCGCACGAUAGCAGUACACAGUGGUCUGAGGAGCCAUAAACAAACCUCAACCAAAACGCCACUCUAUAGACACAAAUAAUGUUCAGAACAGCACCUAACUUCAUCAACAGGACAUAUAGGGUCCCAGCCACAGCACUAGCCACCAAACAUCUUUUUAACUUUGCCUGAUUUCUUUAGCAAAGACACCAAACACAACUCACCUACUCUCUUCCAGCAGAGAGUGGGUGUUUGUAGGCAGAGCUCUGACGGGUCCAUUUCAACUGAGGCGGGGUUUCGCAGCUCAAGGAAGAACAUUUAUGAUCAUUUCUUCAUGGAAAUGCAAUCAGACCGAGACGCUAAGGCAGAAGAACUACCGCGUCUGCAGUGCAAAAUUAUUACAAAAUUAUUAAUCAUGCAGUGCAUGAUUAUUACUUCAAGGAAAUGAUAAAGUAAUGGUCACAAAUGUUCUUCCUUGAGCUGCGUCACCCCACUGUAGUCGCGAUGGACUUGCCCGAGGUCUCGCUACAAACAAACGGCUGCUAUGGCUAGGACCCUGUAUGUACUGUUGAUGAAGUUAGGUGCUGUUCUGAACAUUAUUUGUGGCUAUAGAGUGGCGUUUUGGUUGAGGUUUGUUUAUGGCUCCUCAGACCGCUGUGUAUUGCUAUUCUGCGGUCGUAACUAAAGUUGGUAUAACUAGAGAAGCAAGCGGUCGGCAACAUUCAUCUCAUGGGGGGGUGUCUAACUCAGCGUUACGUUGUGUUUGACUCUAAAUUAAUUUUAGGCCGGAAUAUCCCUUUAAACGUAAUAUAAAUAAUGGCUGAUGUAUUUGUUUUCCCAUUCACUGACUCCACAAAGAUGAUGUACAGGGGCAUUAAACUUCAGGGUAAAAACUUUGUCAGUCUAGAGUCAGCUCCUGAAUUCGUACUUCAAUCCCUGCUCUUCACAACCCCUCUGACAUGUAAAUACGCUCACCCUGUUUUAAAUACACAGACCUCAGCAUGCAGAGCAGUCACGCCACGUAUUUAAAUAUUGAACGCACCACAGCAGGAAUAUUAAGGUCACUGCUGCUCUACAGUCUGCUCUCACAAACGCAGAUCAAAACCAGGACCCAGUAAAAAAAAAAAAAAAACACCUUCUUAUCUUUGCCGUAAAUAUAACACACUGAACAUAAGGCAACCAAAGGUGUGAAUGAACCCGGACUCAGCCACAGACGUCUGCAGCUUCAAAGACUAACCUGACCAAAUCUCUGCAAGGCUUCUUUUCUUGGUUUAUAAAUAUGGAAGCGAAAGUGCUUGUGUCUGCUGUCCGGCUGAGUAAAAAAAGAAAAUCUGUGCAAGCAAAGCAGGAAACAGCUGCAGAGGAGUUUUUACUGCAGAUCCAUGCAGCCCAGACUGACGCAUUAAGAGGAUUUUCAGGGUUUAGAGUCUGACCUCAGAGUGAGUUAGUGGGCAAACUGAGCGUCUAAUGGGUGGCGAAGAGUCAGGAAAUGUAAUUAUUUUAAAAGCAGGGUGGAAAAGAGAUUUCUCGAUGCGUUGUGCGACAUGUCAAAGGUUGAAAUUGGAGAAGUUCUGCUUGAUGAGAGAUUAAAAAACAGAAAAACUGUAACUGGCUAAACCCACUGGAUCCGGAAUGGCUCCGCUCCUCUCCGGACCAUCAGGCAGAUCAGAUUCGCAAGCAUUAAGCGCCCACCGGAUCCGAUCCGCCACCGGCAUUGGAGUAGAAGAGCUUGUGAGAUUACAGAUAUUUCUCGUGAGACUGGAUGAGAUCUCACAAGCUCUUGCGUGUUUCUCGGGAGUCAUAGGAUAAGAUCCGCCGAUCGGUGUAUAUAAAUGCGGUGUAUGUAAACACCCACAUCCCACAACCUUGGCCUCUCCUAUCAUCAAGUUAACAACAGUUCAAUGUAUUGACUUAAUUUUAUUUUGAAAAUUAACCGCAUAUUUUACUCUGUAACCGCAAAACUCCCACUGUUGCUCGUGAUGCGCUUCACUGAAUUGAUGCGCCGUGCUCUGGCGUCCGGCAAAAAUAGAAGCCUUGCGUAUCUGAUCCGGCUGCCGGAGCCGUGCCAGAACCGUGCCAGAGCCAUUCCGGAGCUGUACCAGAGCCUUGCCGGGGCGGAGCUGUUCGGAAUCUUGUGGGUUUGGCUCGUAAUCCAACUAGUUUGUAACGAGGAAUGUAGUUUGUAUCUUCAGGACAGAUUUCUUCCGUCAUUAACAACCUUCCUUCGUCUCUCCGUAGGCGGGAAGUGGUGGCUGCUGGACGACGGCGUUCUCAACAUCACCAGCAUUGAGUUCGCCGAUCGUGGGAAAUACACCUGCAUGGCGUCCAACAUCCAUGGCAGCUCCAACUGCACGGUGACGCUGCGCGUGGUGUUCACAAACGGCGACAUGGGCGUGUACUACAUGGUGGUGUGCCUGGUCACCUUCACCAUCAUCAUGGCGCUGAACGUCACACGCCUCUGCAUGAUGAGCAGCCACCUCAAGAAGACGGAGAAAGCCAUCAACGAGUUCUUCCGCACGGAGGGCGCCGAGAAGCUGCAGAAGGCCUUCGAGAUCGCCAAACGGAUCCCCAUCAUCACCUCCGCGAAGACGUUAGAGCUCGCCAAGGUGACGCAGUUCAAGACCAUGGAGUUCGCUCGGUACAUCGAGGAGCUGGCGCGCAGCAUCCCGUUGCCGCCGCUCAUCAUGAACUGUCGCACGUUCAUGGAGGAGAUCCUGGAGGUGGUGGGCGUGGAGGAGAUGAGGCACACCUUCGUCAGACAAGCGCCUGAGGGUUGCAGAGAAACGGCGGGGAGAGUCGCCUCCAUCGGGGCGAGGGACGUCUUCACAAUCCUGCAGGAAAGAGAGCGAGAGCGAGGAAGGGAGAGAGAGAGGGAGAGGCAGCGCAGCGAAUCACCAGCUGCCGACUCCGACAACUCCUCCGUUCACGAGCAGCCGCAGCACAUCGCCAUCCAAGUGUCGGUGCACCCGCAGCUCGCCAUCAGCGGCUACUGCAGCAUCGACGCGCCGUCUCCGCCUGAGGGUGCACCCUGCUCGCCUCCGCCGUCCUCCCCUCCGCCGCUCUCCCCUCUGCUCCAGGAGGAUCAGGUAGAGAAGGAGAGGGAGGAGGACGAGGUCGCGGAGGAGGAGGAGGAGGAGGAAGACGACGGCGAAUGCACAGCUGUAAAUAAGACCCCGCCCUGCCAGGUGUUUUACGAGAGCCACGUGUGACGAAAACAAUCCGAUUCUGGAGGAACGAAGUGCUUUCCUGCUAUGCAUUUCCACUUGAAGACACAAUAAAGGUCAAAACAUUUUCAGCUCCACUUUUUUUAACGAAACAAUCACUCUUCAUUUAUCCGACUGAACUCUUCGAAACUGAAUCAACAAGGUUUUUACACGUCAGCGUCGGCGUUUCUUUCUCAUGCUUGAAUGUACACGGGAGGGGCAAUCAAUGUUAUUAUUUAUAUAAUAAGCAGCGAAUUGUAAAGGGACAUUUCCUGUGUUGAGACUGUCACGGCUCUUUAAUUUAAUAAGUUAGGAUAGGUCACUUUAGAGGGCGGGGUUUUCAGUUCGUAGUUUUCUUACAGUUCUCGGGUUUUUACGACGUUAACUCCAGAUAUCUGCCUCAAGCUGCUCCAAGCUUCCUCCAUCCGCUCAAGAAUUCACAUCCAGCUACUGUUACAGCCGAUUCCGCUAGGAUUGUACGACGUUCCGCUCACCUGGAGAUGCAUGCUGGACUGAAGGACGACCGGAGAGAGUUUAGUUACUACUUCAUGAUUGUACGGCCUGCUGAAUUCCACGAAAAAAAAAAAAAGACUGAGAAAGUCAGGUAAACGUGUGUUUGUGUGUGUUGUAUAUUUCCUGAUCGAGUCACUCACCUCUGGGUCUGUUUCCUUUGAAAUAUUUUUAAGAGUAUUAUUAAUCCUCUUCUUAUAAUUAUUAUUAUCAUGACCCAUGGUGGUGCGAUUUCUAAGCUAGUUUAAGCGUUUUUUUAAAUAGAGGAGAGUAGGUUUUUUUCCUUGGACGUGUGCAGGUUUUAGGGGUUCUUCUUCAACUCCUGGCCUGAUCGCAGCAUCGUUCGCUUCGACAGCACGGUUCCGUUUCUGCUGCAUGUGAAAGAGGACAGUGGAGAUGUCCGACACCCGUCAGUGGGACAGAUAAAAAAAGGUCUCUUGUCUUUCUUCCUCUUGCUUGGCUCGUGGUUUUAGUGUGCGACGAGGAGGAGCUGGAUGCUGUUCCGCUUGUGCCGGUUCUCUUGAGAUGCCUCUUUUUUUUGUAGUGUAAUAAAAUGGAAGUGCUGUGUGUCAAGACGACGUUUGCUCUUUCUGUCUCACAUGUCGGAUUUGAAUUCUUAUGCAACGUUCAAAUGGACUUUGGUGGGGCUUAAAUUAGGGCUGUUACAGUAUCACACAAUUAUUACGACCAAAAAUGUUCGAUUCUGAAAUUUAUGGGAAACUCCAUAAAACUGUUCACUUCAUUAACUUUCCUGAAAAUUAAAGGCCCCAAGUUUUUAUCCAUGUGACAGGAUCGCCUCUUUGAAUAAUUGUCCUGCUUUAAUUUGGACAUUUUAACCACUUAACAUUAAUUUUUUAAAAUGCUUUUAUUUUGAAAUUAAGUACACUACUUAAUGUCAAAGUAUAAGCCUACAAUGAUUUUACGUUUAUUUUGUAACUAAUCAGAAGUACUGUACUUAAUUUCAAAAUUAAAGCAUUUUAACUUUUUCAUUUAUUUAAAUUUUUUUUCUAUAUUUGAAAUUCAGUAAUUUCAAAAUAAAAGCAUAAAAUGAUUUUAUAUUCAUUUUUAAACUAAUCAGACGUUGUGCACUUAAUUUUAAAGGCUUUUUUUUCCAUUUCUUGUGGGUUUUUAAAAAUGCUUUUAUUUUUAAAUUACAUAAAUCUUAAUUUCAAAAUUAAAGCAUAAAAUGAUUUUACGUUUAUUUUGAAACUGAUCAGAAGUGUACUUCAUUUCAAAAUAAAAGCAUUUUUAACACUGCAAGUUUUAAACAAUGUUGUUUUGAUUUUGAGUACGCUUAUUUCAAAAUAAAAGCAUAAAAUGAUUUUACAUUUAUGUUGUAUCUAAUCAGAAGUAGUGUACUUCAUUGCAAAAUAAAAGCAUACAAUGAUUUUGCAUUUAUUUUGUAACUAAUCAGAAGUUGUGUAAUAAUUUCAAAAUAAAAACUUUUUUCCACUUUGA